GGUUGUGCAGUAGGCGGAGAGAGGACCUCGGAGAGCGGGCAGAGUUAGAGCGGGAAUACCGGCGAUUAUUUGACAAAAAACGGACUUAAUUGAACCGAAGCCCUGGUUCAGUUUGAAGUCGUGAGUGUGAGGAUAUCGGACUGGUUCAGAGCCGGCGAAAGGAAGCGGUUAGUUUUUGUUUAUCAACCCGAGUUGGCUUGUCAGCUAACCGGUAUCGGUUAAAAAAGAAAGAAAGCGCCUCCCUUCAGUGUUAGCGGAGUUAGCGUUAGCGUUAGCUAUAGCUUCAGCUUCAGCUUCAUUUCUCAUCCGCUCCUGGUCGUUUACGAUUUCUGACAGAAAACAAAAAUAUCACUUUAUUUAAUGUGGACUGGACUCCUGCAGGGAAACCAUGGGCUUGACAGGGAAGAAACUGGAGAAAGGCCCAGUGUGCUGGAGGAAGAGAGUGAAGUCUGUUUACAUGCGGCUCCGACAGCUGAAACGCUUCAGGAGAGCUGAUGAGGUGAAGAGUAUGUUCAACUCCAACAGACAGAAGAUUCUGGAGCGCACUGAUAUUCUGAAUCAAGAGUGGAAACUGCGGCGAAUUCAGCCUGUGCAUAUCAUGACACCUGUGAGCUCCUUACGUGGAACAAGAGAGUGCACGGUUGACAGUGGCUUCACAGAGUUCUCCAAACAAGUCAUUCCCCUCAAAACACUGAAUGCUGUAGCAUCUGUACCUGUGAUGUAUUCAUGGUCCCCUCUCCAACAAAAUUUUAUGGUUGAAGAUGAGACGGUUUUACACAACAUCCCUUACAUGGGAGAUGAAAUCCUAGACCAAGAUGGCACAUUUAUUGAAGAGCUUAUUAAGAACUAUGAUGGAAAAGUCCAUGGAGAUAGAGAAUGUGGCUUUAUAAAUGAUGAGAUUUUUGUGGAGUUGGUGAAUGCGCUGAACCAGUACAGUGACAAUGAAGAUGACGAUGAUGAAGAGGAUCAACAUGAUUAUAAACUGGAAAAGAUGGAUGUCUGUGAUGGGAAGGAUGAUGCUGAUGAUUCUCGCAAGGACCUUCUCAACUCCGAGAGUCGAGGCAAUGACUGCUCUAAAAAGUUCCCCUCUGAUAAAAUCUUCGAAGCCAUCUCCUCUAUGUUUCCUGAUAAAGGUUCACCAGAAGAACUCAAAGAGAAGUAUAAGGAGCUCACUGAGCAGCAGCUCCCUGGAGCGCUCCCCCCUGAGUGCACCCCCAACAUUGACGGACCAAACGCUAAGUCAGUACAGAGAGAACAGAGUCUACACUCUUUCCACACCCUCUUCUGCAGGCGCUGCUUCAAAUAUGACUGCUUCCUUCACCCUUUCCAUGCAACUCCAAACACAUACAAACGAAAGAACAUGGAGAACAUGGUGGACAGCAAACCAUGUGGCAUUGACUGCUAUAUGUAUCUGGUUCAGGAUGGCAUAGUGAGAGAGUACCCAGCUGGUGUCGUAGCCGAACGAGUGAAGACUCCACUGAAGCGUUCAGUUGGAAGACGUAGGGGCAGGAUCCCCAAUAGCAACAGUAGGCCGAGCACUCCCACUGUCAGCGCCGAGACUAAAGACACCGACAGCGACAGAGAGGGAGGCACAGACAGCAACGACUGCAUUGACAAAGAUGAUGAUGACAAGAAGGAUGAAACUACCAGUUCCUCAGAGGCAAAUUCACGCUGCCAGACUCCAGUGAAGCUGAAGAUGAGCUCAGAACCUCCUGAGAAUGUAGACUGGAGUGGAGCUGAGGCUUCUCUCUUCAGAGUGCUUAUCGGAACUUACUACGACAACUUCUGCGCCAUCGCUCGACUCAUUGGCACAAAGACCUGCAGACAGGUCUAUGAAUUCAGGGUAAAGGAAUCCAGCAUCAUUGCACGUGCCCCUGCAGAAGAUGAAGACACACCUCCAAGGAAGAAGAAGCGGAAACAUAGACUGUGGGCCACUCACUGUCGAAAGAUUCAGCUGAAGAAAGAUGGCUCCUCCAAUCACGUGUACAACUACCAACCAUGUGACCAUCCAAGGCAGCCAUGUGACAGCUCCUGCCCGUGCGUCACUGCCCAAAACUUCUGUGAGAAAUUCUGUCAGUGCAGCUCAGAGUGUCAGAACCGGUUCCCAGGCUGCCGCUGUAAGGCCCAGUGCAACACCAAGCAGUGUCCGUGUUAUCUGGCUGUCCGUGAGUGUGACCCAGACCUGUGCCUCACCUGUGGAGCUGCAGAUCACUGGGACAGCAAAAAUGUCUCCUGCAAGAACUGCAGCAUCCAAAGAGGAGCAAAGAAGCACUUACUGUUGGCACCAUCUGAUGUAGCAGGAUGGGGCAUUUUUAUUAAAGAGCCAGUUCAGAAGAAUGAGUUCAUCUCGGAGUACUGUGGAGAGAUAAUCUCCCAGGAUGAGGCAGAUCGCAGAGGCAAGGUCUAUGACAAAUACAUGUGCAGUUUCUUGUUUAAUCUGAACAACGAUUUUGUUGUUGAUGCAACAAGGAAAGGCAAUAAGAUCAGGUUUGCCAACCACUCUGUGAACCCCAACUGCUAUGCAAAAGUUAUGAUGGUUAAUGGGGAUCACAGAAUAGGCAUUUUUGCCAAGAGAGCCAUACAAACUGGGGAGGAGCUUUUCUUUGACUACAGAUACAGUCAAGCAGAUGCUCUAAAGUAUGUGGGCAUUGAGCGUGAAAUGGAAAUUCCAUGAAGCCAUCUACCUCUGGAACAAAUGCCUUACACUCUUCAGGAAUUUUCACUCCACAUGCAUUUCCAAUACGUUUUCAUAUACUGGGUUUUAUAGGAUAAGGGUAUCUACUUGGAAAUUUUUUGCAGUUUUUUUUAGAUUUCAACCUUUUUCUGUCUUUUUUUUUUUUUUUUUUUUUUUUCCCCUUUUCCUCUAUCAACAGGCUUACUCUGGGAUUCACUUUUUGACAGUAACUUGAACAUUCACACUUGUUUACAGCUUAAAGUUUAGUAGGGGGUUUUGGAUGGGUGUCUUAUGGGCCAUUGUUUUCCCGAUAUUCUUGGACUUUUUUUUUUUUUUUUUUUUUUUUUUUUUUAAAAUUACAAGUAUUUUUGGACCAAAUUCACAGUAAAAGACAGGCUGUGUUCAUAUAAUGCAUUUGUUCUAUCACAAUAUUGACCUAUUUUGAGAUUUCAGAUCUGUGUGAAAACCAAAGUCACUUUCUCUGCUUGCAUGUCAUCUCACAGGCAUCUCUAUACAGAGAUAUUACAUACUUUCUGGAGUGCCAGUGCAUCCAGUUGCUGUAAAAUAUAUAUAUAUACAUAAAUAUAUAUAUAUAUAUAAAAAAAAAUUUAAAUAUGAGAAAAAAAAUGCAGAAAAAAAUGUGGAGGGUAGAUUCAAUAUCUAACUUGCGGUGCCUUGAAAUUCCAACACUGACUUGUUUAUUCGGUUACAUGUCCGAAAAUGUCCAUAAAUGUGUACCGAAUUUGUUGUAUGCAUGAACAAAGAUUUCAAAUGGAGUAGAAAUCAGGGAACUUUUCAGUGUUUAAUAUUAUUUUUUGCAAUCUCCAGAGUCUUUUCACGAUGGCAAAGGUGAGCAGCUUUCAGCUAGACCUGACACUGUAGGAAGGAGAAUCUGGACCGUCGCUAAGGUCUUCCUCCACCUGUACUGUUAACUAUGGAGCGAUACAAUCAGAUCUAGUGUGAGAAUGCUUAUGAACCAUGAUGAAAUCAAAGCAAUACGACCAGCCUUGAGUCAUGUUCAUGAGAUCUUAAACUGUUCGUAUUUAUUUGACCAGACUCUGUAAACAGUUUUUGCUAUUAUAAUUUAUUGACCUGUCCUUUGCUGUGAUCUGCCAGAUAAACACGAUAGGUUACUUAUUGUGAGUUAGAUAGCUGUUCACCAAUUUGUUUCUCCUUGGAAACAUUUGUUCUAGCAUUUUGUCCUUAUUUCCCUGUGGGUUUGUGACCACUCCCGUUUCUUUUUCUGCCUCUGAGCGUAUAAGGUGCUGAUUUGUAAUGUUUACAGGGAAUAUUGUUGAAAGUAAUAAAAUUAAAAUAAAUGUUAGUGUUACAUUCA